AUGGAAAUAAAUAGAAACGAUGUGAUAAAGUUGAUUUUAUAAUUUUUACAGGAAAAUGGAUUCAAAAAAUCACAAGAAGAAUUGUAAAAGGAAAGUGGAAUAUGUUUAAAUUUAGUUGAUUCGAAAUAAAAUCUUAAAAAAGAUAUAAUAGAUGGUAAUGAAUUAUUUGAAUAGUUUAGGAAAAUGGGAUUAAGUAUUGAAUUAAAUUAAGUUAUUCAAUUUUACGGGUGACACAUUAUUAGAUCUUUAUGAAUUAAUAGUUUAAGAGUUAGUUGAAGUUAAUGAGACACAAACAGCUAAUUAAUUUUUUCUUCAAAUGAUUGUUCCAAAUUUGUAAGAAUACAAAGAGAGACUUUUAAAAUUAGAUUAUUUAAUAAGAAAACCUGGUAAAUUAAGUAUUAAUGAGAUUUAUAAUGAUACUUUGAGUAAAGAAUAAAGAAGAAACAAGGUAGGUGAUAAGGUGAUUAAUGAAUGUAUAGAAGCUCCUUCAUGUAGAUUAUUGGAAUUGAUAGGUGAUAGUUUAAGACAUUUAAAUGCUAAUAAAAUAAUUACAAAUAAUAAAUAUGAUUUAUUUAUGGGUUUAGGAUAAUAAGAACAAAAAGUGAUACAAAUUAGUAGAAUAGAAAAGGUUGUUAAAUAUUCAGAGAAAAUGAGAGUUAAUUGUGCUACAUUUACUCCUGAUGGAUAAAAUCUUAUUACAGGAUCAAUUGAUGGUAUAAUAGAAGUAUGGGAUCCUAGUAAAUAUUCAGUUAGAAAUGAUAUAGAAUAUUAAGUUAAUGAUCAAUUUAUGAUGCAUAAUAAUUGUAUAAUUAAUUUAAGUGCAAAUAAUGAAUUACUUGUUAGUUUGGAUAAUAAUGGAUAAGUAAAAGUUUGGAAAUUAAAAACUGGUAAAUGUUUAAAAAUAAUUGAAAGUACACAUCCUAAAUAAAUUGCUAGUGUGUUAUUAGGUAAGGAUCCUUAAUAAAUUUACAUUGCAUCAGAUUAUAUUUAAUUAUUUGCACUUAAAAGUGGAAUCACUUAGAAAUAAUUUAGAGGACAUAGUGGAUUGAUUUAAUCUAUGUUUUAGAGUUCAGAAGGUUCAAGAUUAUACAGUGGUGCUUUAGAUUAAUAUUUUAAAGUUUGGGAUACACAUUCAGGAGAAUAGAUUUAUAGUUUGAAAUUUGAAACAGCUUUAGAAAAAAUAUAUUAUAUUUAAGGUUCUAUUUUGUUAUGUCCUAGAGGAAAAUAAAUGAUUUUAUUGAAUAGUAAUUUUUAAGAGGUUAAAAGAUAUAAUUCUGAAUCUGAAUUAAUUAGUUGUGUAGCUUAAGGUGAUUAUGUUUAUGGUUUAGGAUAAGGAUAAUUAUAUAGUUAUGAGAUUAAAUCAGGAAUUGGAUUGAAAUUACUUAAAUUGCCAAGUGAGAAUAUGUAAGAUAUAUGCAUAGGACGUAAUGUAAUAUUUUGUUAUUCACAGAAUGGUCAUUUAAUAUUUAUACAAUGAGU